AUGAAGUUCACAGAGGGAAUGUGGUGCCUUCGGGAAGGCGUUCGCAUUGAGUGGAUGAGCAACAUCGAACGACUGCGUACCGAGAACGAGACAGUUCACCUACUUCUGAACAAGCUCCAGAAACACCGUGGUGACACUUUGAAUUCGCCUACCGUCUCGGCGCAAGUGACCUCGCCCCAGGAAGGAAUCAUCGGCGUCAAGCUCGUCCACUGGGCAGGACAAGUUGACAAUGGGCCACACUACAAGCUCAACACUACCUCCGGCCACACCAGCAUCACCCACGACAAGACUGCCAACAAGCUCAACUACACCAGCGGACCCCUAGCCCUGGACGUCAACACCGCGGCCAACGAGCUCGACUUCGUCUUCCGCUCCCCAACCGGUAAGAAACUCACCGGCCACUCAUGGCGCUCAAUCGGCUACGUCGCAGACCAGCGCACCGAGAAGCACCGCUACGAGGACGGUAUCUACGCCGAGAAGCAGGGAUACAUGCUCGCAGAGCUCGAUCUCGGUGUUGGCGAGAAGGUGUAUGGUCUGGGUGAGCGGUUCGGUCCGUUCGUUAAGAAUGGGCAGACGGUCGAUAUGUGGAAUGAGGAUGGCGGCACUAGCUCUGAGCUGGCAUACAAGAAUAUCCCGUUCUACAUGUCUUCCAAGGGAUACGGUGUGUUUGUCAAUCACCCCGGCAAGAUUAGUUUGGAGGUGCAGUCUGAGCGGACUACGCGAGUCAAUAUCUCCGUUCCAGGCGAAGAGAUCGAAUACUUCAUCGUCUAUGGUGACUCGCCCAAGGAUGUCUUGCGGAGAUACACUACUCUCACGGGCCGACCUGGUCUGGUCCCAUCUUGGAGCUACAAUCUCUGGCUGACGACUAGCUUUACGACCAACUACGACGAGCAGACAGUGACAGGCUUCCUGGAUGGAUUCCGGGACCGUGACAUCCCUCUGGGUGUCUUCCACUUCGACUGCUUCUGGAUGAAGUCCUACCAGUGGUGCGAUUUCCAAUUCGACGAGGAGAUGUUCCCCGACGCAAUCGGAUACCUCAAGCGCCUGAAGGAACGUGGUCUACGCAUUAGCGUGUGGAUAAACCCCUACGUCGGCCAAGCCUCACCUCUCUUCGAAGAAGGCAAGAAGAACGGAUACUUCAUCAAGCGCACCGAUGGCUCCGUCUGGCAAUGGGACUUCUGGCAAGCCGGCAUGGCCGUCGUCGACUUCACCAACCCAGCCGCCUGCACCUGGUACAGCAGCCACCUAGAACGCCUAAUGGAAAUGGGCGUUGACAGCUUCAAAACCGACUUCGCCGAACGCAUUCCCGUAAAGGGCAUUAAAUACCACGACAACGCCGACCCAGAACGCAUGCACAACUACUACGCCCUCCUAUACAACCGCAUCGUCUACGAAACCCUCAACAACCGCGUUGGCCCCAACCAAGGCCUCCUCUUCGCCCGCAGCACCGCACCAGGCGGACAAGCCUACCCCGUGCACUGGGGCGGCGACUGCGAAAGCACCUUCGAAGCAAUGGCCGAGUCCCUCCGCGGCGGACUCAGUCUCAUGCUCUGCGGGUAUAUCUUCUGGGCCUCUGAUAUCGGCGGAUUCGAAGGAACCCCGCCACCGGCGCUGUACAAGCGCUGGGUGCAAUUCGGACUGUUAUCCUCGCACUCGCGUCUCCACGGAUCCUCUUCGUUCCGCGUCCCCUGGAUCUACGGUGAAGACUGCUCGGCUGUGCUGCGUGACUGCGUGAAGCGCAAGAUCCUUCUUACGCCGUAUAUCCUGGCUGAAGCGCUGCGUGGCCAUCGCGACGGGACGCCGCUCAUGAGGGCGCUUUUCCUGGAGUUCCCUGCGGAUUUGAACACGUAUGCUAUUGAUACGCAGUAUAUGUUUGGACCGAAUUUGUUGGUUGCGCCGGUCUUCUCUGAGGACGGGGAGAUUACGUUCUACGUGCCUAAGACUGAGGAGGAGGGGGCUGGGAAGUGGGUUUCUUGGUUUGAUCAUUCCAAGUCGUAUGAGGGUGGACAGUGGUAUACUGAGACUCAUGACUUUGAUACGAUGCCUAUCCUGGUUCGUCCCGGGUCGGUGACUGUGACGAAUCCUAAGCUCAAGGCGCCAGAGGAUGAUGCGUUGGAGGGAAUUCAAUUGUUGGUCAAUGGUACUCUGCCUACUGGGACUACUGUUGAGGUUGUGAAUCCGGGUCAAACAGGCGAGGUUCUGAAGACUCUUCGAUUGACUAGUGGUUCGGACGGUAAGACCGUUGAAGUGGAAGGCCAUGAUGUCGAGGUCGUCUAUAUUGGACAGUAA